CUAAAUAAUGCCCAGCAAUAAACACCGCGUCCAGACGUCCGUUCCCGAAUUAGAUGUUGACGCGGAAUGGAGACAAAUGAAUGCGGGGGCGUUCCUUCGCUCACGCGAUCAUCUAACCAUCGAUCGAUGAUCGAUCAUCCGCAGAAGUUUGACAGAGACAUGUCGAGCUUCGAGAGCAAGCUCGAGGUAUUCCUGGAGAUCUACGAGAAGCUGAAGAGCGUGGAGAACGAAGAGGCGUUCCUGAGAGAGUUUAUCCGACUGAAAGCGCAGUCUGCUGGUUACAGAGAACAGAACACCUAUCCUGCAGAGAGUGGCCAACUUUCUGUCAACAGAAAGAAGAACAGAUUCAAGGAUAUCAUUCCAUUUGAAUACACGCGUGUCUCACUCCAUGUAAUUGAAGGUAUAGAAGGCUCUGACUACGUCAACGCCAACUACAUCCAGGGUGCUGAUGGAAGCGUUAUGUACAUAGCAGCCCAGGGACCUCUCCCCCAUACAGUCAGUGACUUCUGGAGGAUGCUGUGGUACCACAACAUCGAGAUCGUGCUGAUGGCGUGCAAGUUGGUGGAGAUGGCAAAGCCAAAGUGUGAGCGUUACUGGCCGCCACUCAACAAGACGGUGUCGUUUGGCCCCAUCACUGUCACCACAAUUCACGAAGAGGAAAUCGGGAAGGAGUUCAUCAUUCGAGACUUCGUAGCCGAAUGUGGAGGAGAGAAGCAGCAGAUCCGGCAGUAUCACUACUCCUCCUGGCCAGACCACGGGAGACCUGCUGAACCUCAGCCGGUCCUCAGGAUGAUCAACAUGAUGCACGACUAUAGGAAGAGACUCGACGUACCACUCCUCGUCCACUGCAGUGCAGGAUGUGGGAGAACGGGGACCAUUAUUGCCAUUGACAUCGCCAGGUCCAUGAUCAUCCAAAGACACAUCCCGGAGUCCUUGAGUCCCCACGAUAUAGUGGAGAGCAUGAGGAAGCAGAGGCCAGCCAUGGUACAGGCCAAGGAGCAGUACAUCUUCGUGUUCAUGGCUGUGGCUGAACUCAGCAAGAAGGCACUUCGACAGGCAUCGGAGGGAAAAGAUGGUGACUACGAGAACUGCACGCCGUCGACUACUCCUCUUGCCGAUCCUCGCGACACCUCAUCCAGCAAGACGCCCCUGACAGAGUCCUCGCAAGAUGGAGGAGAGAGAGAGGGGGAGAAGCAGCCGGUGGCUCCACCCCGGACCAACCAGCCCUACGAGAACGUAUCCGUGUUGCCACGGAAGAACGGGAGCGACAGAAAACAGUCUCCGCCUCAGCCGAAGCCCAGGAACAGCAGAGAAUCUGCAGAGAACUCGCCUCCCAGGCCAAUUCCUCCACCUAAGCAACCAAAGAUUGCAGACGAACCAGAAGAGAGCCACUAUAGUGCAGUAGACAUGUCCCAACUAAGAGACAAGGGACCAGAGAUAGCAGUGGUCAACGAAGAAGGACUCAGAGCCCCUCUCUCUAAGGUCGAGGAGAAGCUGGACAAACAUGGCGGAGCGGCCGUCAGUCCCGGCCGCAGCAUUUUAGACACUAUCAUGAGUGAAGUCGGAGAUAUUUUGCCUGAUGAGAAGGAAGAAUUCUCUCCCCCUCCUCCUCCUCUCCCUGCCUCAAACCCUCCCUCCUCCGCCCCCAAAUGGUCGCAGUUCGAAGACGAGAUUCCUCCCCCAGUCCCCCUCCACACCGAGGCCUCAACCCACAUCCUGGAAGCCACGCCCACCUCGUCAGACUCGGAACAUGUGGUACUGGACACUGGAAUCUACUAUACCCCGACUCCCCACUCCAUUCCCAUGCCCAGCGAGAGCUCCAGUUCGUCGCCAGUCCGCAUCACCCCCUCCUCUCCUCCCCACGUCCCCGCUCCGGCCCCUCCCACCAUCACCACCUCCUCCACUCCCUCCUCUUCGUCGACCGCCACCCUCCCCGUCUCCUCCUCGAACUCUACAGGGAAAGGCUCCCGACUCAAGACUGUAUUCAAAAUCGGCAAAUCUAAGAGUGAGAAGAGAAAGCCACUGACAUCAGGCGACAUUGGCAGACCGACAGGCAUUCCUCGUUCUCCCAGUGACCAUGGUGCGUCGUCACCAUCGCGAGGUUCGUCUCCCUCCCCGGAGCACGGGGUCCCCUCGCUCCCGCAGGUGAACAAGGCCCUCCUGAGUGAUCUCGGGCCCGCCGAGUCCGGCCCCGCCAACAACAGAUACACCUUCCCCGGGGAGAUGGGUUUUGGACUCAGGAUUCCAAAACCAAGAGGUCCCAGACCAGAACCACCGCACUGGAACAUGAUUCGGAACAGUAUAACUGCCAUCUGAUGAUUAUAUUAUUAUACCAUACACCUAAUGUUGUUCAAGUGUGUAUAGUUUUUAGCACAUGUUUUGUAAUCAAGCGCAUGCGUGUACAGUUAUAUGCACGCGCAUGGUGACCUCUUUGGCACCAACUUGCAGCAAUAACUUUGCGUCGAGAAGAACGGGCGACGGGCCGGGGAUGAUCCGUAAGCGAGUGGCUGCUUCUCUUGCGGGAAGGCGUCGACGGACCAACUCCGGUGUCCCGCCGCCGCCAGAGUCUGCGAACCGCAGCUUGCCCGACGACAACGGAGAAGGAGGCGGCGGAGAGAGCGAGAGUUUCUCGUCAGACUGCGAGGAAGAAGAGAGAGGGUGGACUGGCAGCGGCGAUGCCGCCGGGGGGAAGAAGCCGUGGGAGCGAGUGGACCAGAGCGUGUACGAGGAGCAGUUGGAGAAGCUGCAGGAGCAGCUCGUGCAGGUCAUGAUAGAGAACCAAGCACUGCAAGCGGAGCUGGAAGAGCAGAGGAAGAAGCCGGGUAGCUCACAGAGAAGGGAGCUGGACCAGCUCAGACAAGAGAACACUUCACUGCAGCAGAGACUGGGGCAGGAGAGACUGAGGCAUCAGACAGUCUCCACCACCAGUAGCCAUUCUUCUGUCGGCAGUGAAGAUGGUCCUGUUGAAGACGGAUAUGAAAACGUGACCACUGACAGAGAAAGAGUUCUGAAGCUGAGAAGGAGAAAGCGACCUUUGUCUCGGCGGUUUUCAUAUGCCUCUGCGCGAGAGUCGGUCUACAAUUUCCUAUAUCUCUUCUCUGAAGAUGCACGUACACCUAGCAAUGAGCCAGAGGAAGAAGCCACACCCCUCACUGCCAAACGACUGAAAGAAAACUGCACAAGACUAGGUCUGUGUGUAUACAGUCAUACUUUCACAACUUCAGUGAAACACUAAACACUUACAUGUGUGUGUGUGUGUGUGUGCGUAUGUGUGUAUACUCAACAGGUAAAUCCAGUAAGCCAUGGAGGGAAACGGCGAGUCACGUUAAGGAGACUCUGAGGUGGAAAAGUUCGGCUGAGAGUCUGGUCGUGUUCCUGAUCUACAUGUACUGCGUGUGGAACGGAUGGAUCAUACAACUGGUGCUGUUCAUUUCAGUCAUCAAACUCACCCUCAACUACCUCUAUAUCAGUGGUUUAGCAGAGCAGUUUGGGUUCAGUUCUGGACAGAUCGAAGAGGAAGCAGACGAGAAUAUGGGGCUAGCGGACAAAUUCCAACUCGUGAAGCAAGUGGCACAGACUGUUCAGAACAUGUCCGGAACCACAUCUGAUACAUUGGAGAAACUGCGCAAUCUCUGGCUCUGGCGUCAACCCGAGGCGACCACAAAGCUCUACAUCGCCCUCCUUCUCUUCCUCCUCGUCAGCCUCUUUCUACCUAACUCUUACACUCUCACUUUCAUAGGUACACAGCUGCUACCUCUUCCUUCUCUUCCCCCUUCUCUAUCUUUCUCUCCUCUUCCCCCUACCCUUCUCUUGCUUCCCCUAUUACCCAGCUUCCUAACGAGUACAAAUGUUGCAGGGAAACCUAUCAGAAAGGACACUCUAAAUAAAGCACACCUUCUACAUAUAAGGACACUUGUUUCUAUCAAAUCACCAAACUAUUUUCGCACACAAUUUGCGCAGGUCUCUUCGCCGGUAUGAAGCUAUUUAUCGUUGACAACAUCUAUCGCAAGUAUCCCAGGGUUCAGGAGGAAUUUGACAACGUGGACAGAAUGUGGCGCUCUCUGCCGACUGAUACCGAGCUACUGGAGAGACAGACGCUCUCUCGUGAAGAGAUGACUUCACUGCUGAGGCAAAGAUCGUCGCUAUCAGUUGACGGAGGAUCUGUAAGAGGUGGAGGAGAGAGUGGAGGUGUGUCUCCUCUCUCGGACGAGGACGCCGGGUUCUGUUCCAGGUUUGACCUCCCGACAAGCGAGGUCCCGUUCCCAGACUGGCAGGGCGGGAGACGGUGCACGCUCAUCGAUCGCGACCGGCCGCUCAUGGGCUCCAGAGGAGGUCGACUGUACCUCACGUACAGUUUUCUCUGCUUCGAGAGACUCUCCAUUAGGAGUCGGGAUUCCGACAGGCUGGUGUUGCCACUCUCUGACAUCACAGAGAUCGAAAAGGCAAAGCCGUUUGCAGUUCUACCUGGAAAUGGAAUGGCCAUAGAAGCCACUCUCAAAAACUCUGACAAGUUCAUGUUUGGAGCCAUUCUGAACCGUGACCAGAGUCUCAGUUCCAUCCUGGAACAGGGCCUGAUGCUGGGGCUCCCCUGGGGCGCCGACCCCGACGACCUUUCCACCCAAAACCACACCCCCUCGUUACCGUCAAACACUAACAACAACAACAAGCAGAACAGUGAAAGUGCUCCAACUUGAAAACUAUUUUUAGAAACGUGAUUAAUGUGUGUUGAAAUUGACAGCUGUGUUCCGUUGCUUCAUUACUUUUUAACCUUCUUCUUCUUCCUCCUCUUCCUCCUCUUCUGCAUCCACGUCAAAUAGGCGCACCUUUUUAGUCCGACGAGAGAAC